CUUCCUUGCUAGCCCAGAAGUACAUUGUGCCCUCCCACAGUCACCAUGAUCGACGAUGAACAAGAGACUGAGCUCCGAAACCCAUUUCCCUCCCCUCCCUCGCAUUAUAUGAAUUAUACGAACCACAAUCUCAAACUUUUGGCCCUUCUUCGAGAACGCGUCCCCGAAAUUGAAAAUUCUGAUAUCAAUCAACGUGAUGUUCUGUCUGACCAGAACGAUGUGCCAGACUGGCCUUUGAUACAGCUCGAGAAGCCCCGAGUAGAUUGGAUACUCGAAGAAGGCCACUACAAUGUUUUUGGUGAUACUUGGUUUCUUAAGGAGACAAUUCCUUCGCUGGCAGAGAUGGGUGGCCACCAAUUGUACCCCGCCGAUAUCAGUAUCGACAGGCGGCCUGCACUGUUAUCCGUACUUCGUUCCACCUUGGUCACCUAUUCCACACUCCUCAGUUCAAUACUUGCUCCACCGUCCGCAGGAGAAACGCAGGAAUGGCAGCGGCAUGUCGAGUGGAUAACCAUAUUAGCUCAAAAUAUCAUGGCCGCAGCAAAUGACCUACGUCCGGUGCAAGCACGGGCUAAUCUAGAAACCAUGAUGCGACGGCAGCUGGAAAUUCGCAGAGAAGAGACGAAGAAAAUCCACGAGAAAUGCGAUUCGCUAGAAGCCAAGCUUGCAGAACUGCGUACAAUCUCAUGCACAUCUCAAAAUGCUCUAGUUGGUCACGAGGACACGCCUCGGGCGGGAGUAAUAAAACCUGCAGGUCAGCCUCUUGGCUUGAACGCACUUACUAUGGAGGAGGUUCUACGCUGGGUUGAGGAGGUUUAGACCUUGGAUCAUCGCGACUCUACUUAAAAUCCCAAGCUUUAGAAGUUAAGCCUUGAUGGUAUCGCGGUCAGAACGGCGUAGUAGGUAUGGAUGUCGUUGUUUUAGUAUUGCUUUCUGUAUUUGUAUCAGUCAUCC